AUGACAUUGCCUGACCCAGCUCCAGCACCAUACUAUUAUGACUAUGGAGAUGACAACAGAACACCACAUGUAGAUGAACAAAAGCUAACAUUAUAUUUAGAUUUUUAUAGAUAUAAAAGAUAUAAUGCAAUAGAAAAAACGAGAAUAGUAUACUAUUAUGAAGAUGACAGAAAUAAAUAUUAUAGUCAAGAUUUUACCUACCCUGAAAACAUAAGAUUAUAUUAUAAAAAAUAUUCUGACUUAAACCAGAAGAAACCUGAAAUAGUUGCACUAUAUUUUAAGUUCAAAAGAGACAAUCCUAUAAUAUCUCAUAUGUUUGAUUUAAUGAACCCAGUAGGUUCUAUUUAUACAUCUAUGGAAGCAAGAGGUCCUCAAGUAAUGUUUGGUGUUGGUGCAUGGGAACAAAUAGUCGACAGGUUUUUGUAUUGUGCAAACUCUUCAAAGGAAACAGGUGGAAGUAAAACGAUUUCAGGUGAAAACUUACCUGCGCACAGUCACUACAUAGAUUUAAGUACAUCUCAAGCAGGUUGGCAUAAGCAUAGAUAUUGGGAUUGGUCAGGAAUGACAAAAGGUAAAGGAUAUGAUGUUAAAGACGACGUUAAGUUUGCUAUAAAUUGUUACUGGAGUGACACUCAGGGAGAAGGAAACCAUACACAUUUCGUUUCAGGAUAUACGCAAACAACGGGACAAAGUAAAGACUACAUGCCACCUUACAUGACAGUUUACGCAUGGUAUAGAAUUGCUUAG